AUUUCCAAUAUGAGGCCUGCUUUAUUCUUGCUAGGUUGCGUGUUGCUUUUUGCUACUCUUGAUGUUGGACAAGGGGGCAAAUUAAGGAAGAAAUUCUACCGAAGAACGUCUUGCCCUCAAGCUGAGGACAUCAUCAAAACAAGAACCACACAGCUUGUCUCUUCUAACCCUGCUUUGCCAGCCCAGUUGCUGAGAAUGCAAUUUCAUGACUGCUUUGUUAGGGGUUGUGAUGCAUCUGUCCUGCUGAACUCGACUGCUAAUAACACUGCAGAACGGGAAGCAAUCCCAAAUCAGACUUUGAAAGGCUUUGAAGCUAUUGAUGACAUAAAAGCAACCGUCGAGGCCAAAUGCCCAGGAGUUGUUUCCUGCGCUGACAUCAUCGCAUUGGCCACUAGGGACGCCGUUUCCAUCCCUUUUAAGAAACCUCUAUGGGAAGUGCUUACUGGCAGAAGAGAUGGGAGAGUAUCGAAAAGCCAAGAAGCAUUGGUCAAUAUUCCACCACCAUUCUUCAACUUCACUCAACUCAGGGCCAGCUUCGCCAGGAAAGGCCUGACCUUGCACGAGCUGGUGGUGUUGUCGGGCGCACACACCAUCGGAAUAGCUCACUGCAACUCCUUCAGCAACAGGCUCUUCAACUUCACCGGAAAAGGCGACCAGGACCCUUCUCUGGACCCCAAAUACGCCGAGUUCCUCAAGUCCAAAUGCAAGGGCCUCAGUGACAAUACCACCAUCGUGGAAAUGGAUCCCAAAAGCUCCACCACAUUUGACUCUGACUAUUACUCCAGCCUUCUGAAGAACAAGGGAUUGUUCGAGUCUGAUGCUGCACUUCUGACCAACAAGCAGGCCAAAAAGACUGUCCAUGAAUUGGUUGACCAAGAGGAUUUCUUCACCGAGUUCUCGCAGGCCAUGAAGAGGCUCGGAAACAUUGAGGUUCUUGCCGGCACCAGUGGAGAAAUUAGGAAGAAAUGCUGGGUUAGGAGAAAAGUAAGACCGUUAAGGAGGUUUACCGUUUCCAAUAUGAGGUCUACAUUAUGCUUACUGGCUUAUCUGCUACUUUUUGCUUCUCUUGUGGUUGGACAAGGGGACAAACUAAGGAAGAACUUCUACCGAAGAGCUUCUUGCCCUCAAGCUGAGGACAUCAUCAAAACAAGAACCACACAGCUUGUGUCUUCUAACCCUGCUUUGCCAGCCCAGUUACUGAGAUUGCACUUUCAUGACUGCUUCGUCAGGGGUUGUGAUGCAUCAGUCCUGCUGAGCUCGACUGCUAAUAACACUGCAGAAAGGGACUCAAUCCCAAAUCUGACUUUGAAAGGCUUCGAAGCCAUCGAUGACAUAAAAGCAACCGUCGAGGCGCAAUGCCCAGAAGUUGUUUCCUGCUCAGACAUCCUCGCACUGGCCACUAGAGACGCCGUCUCCAUCCCGUUUAAGAACCCUCUAUGGGAUGUGCCUACUGGUAGAAGAGAUGGGAGAGUAUCCAUAAGCCAAGAAGCAUUGAUCAACAUUCCAGCACCGUUCUUCAACUUCACUCAGCUCAGAACCAUCUUCACCAGAAAAGGCCUCACCUUGCACGAGCUUGUGGUGUUGUCAGGGGCCCACACCAUCGGAACAGCUCACUGCAACACCUUCAGCCGGAGGCUCUUCAACUUCACAGGAAAAGGCGACCAGGACCCUUCUCUGGACCCCAAAUACGCCGAGUUCCUCAAGUCCAAAUGCAAGGGCCUCAGUGACACCACCACCGCCGUGGAAAUGGAUCCAAACAGCUCGACCACAUUUAACUCUAGCUAUUAUUCCAACCUUGUCCAGAACAAGGGACUGUUCCAGUCAGAUGCUGCCCUUUUGACCGACAAGCAGGCCACAAAGACUGCCAAUGAACUGAUUGACGAAAAGAGUUUCCUCACCGAGUUCGCGCAGGCCAUGAAGAGGCUCGGAAAUAUUGAGGUUCUCACCGGCAACAGUGGAGAAAUUAGGAAGAAAUGCUCGGUUGUUAACUCUUAAACUGGCUCCUAACUUUUUAUUCCUUCAUGAUUUUGUCUUCGUUUUUUUUUUUUUUUUUUGUUUUGAAGUUUCAGUUGAAAACGUGGGAUUGUCAAACUAGCGUGUUGUGUCGCUGAUUUCAUCUAUUGUGUUGCUCGAAGAGUUAUGCAUGUUUUUUAUUCAUU